AUGUCGGGCUUCAAAGAGAUUAACAUUACAUCCUCCACUUCACAGUACGAGUCCGUCGUGAACGCGACAAACAACAGUCGAACCAUAGAAGAUCUUCUAGAAUUCACAGAAGAAUCAAGAGUAGAAGCCAUCAUCUAUACCUUUUUGUUUCUAUUUGCCACCUGUGGAAACGUUCCGGUGUUUAUCAGCCUCAUUCGGGGGCGGCGCAGGAGAUCCCGAAUCGAAGAGAUGAUCAUGCAUUUGACAAUCGCGGAUUUGAUAGUAACCUGUGUGAUGAUACCUCUGGAGAUAUGCUGGAGAAUCACGGUAGAGUGGGUUGCUGGAGACUUUUUGUGUAGAAUCAUGAUGUUCUUCAGGGCUUUCGGCCCUUACUUAUCGUCCAAGGUUCUCGUCUGCAUCAGCAUCGAUCGGUUCACGGCAAUCGUGUAUCCACUGAAAGUGAAUGUGGCCCAGGAAAGAGUAAGAUUCAUGUUGCGCUGCGCAUGGGCAAGCAGCUUCCUCUGCAGCAUACCACAAGCUUUCAUCUUCCACGUCGAAAGCCAUCCAGUCCAAACAGACUUCGAGCAGUGCGUGAGUUUUCAUUCCUUUAAAAAUGAGUUCGAGAAGAUCUCUUACAAUCUCUUUUGCCUGUUCGUGUUCUACUGCGGGCCACUGUCGGUCAUCGUGUACUGCUACUGCAGGGUGCUGUGGGUGAUAUGGAAGAGGUCCAAGCUUGCUAAAGAUUCAAUCGAAGACAAUCGAUCGGAAACUUCAAGCCACUGCAUCUUUCGUCUGUCGGACACCCGACAUCUGGAGAAGACUCGAUCUCGGACCCUUAAGAUGACAUUCUUAAUAGUCAUCUCUUUCUUCUUCUGCUGGACACCGUACGUGAUAAUUGACCUGUGGUAUCUCUUCGAUUCCGAGUCAGCAGAAAAACUGGACACAAGAAUUCAGUCCUCCAUGUUCAUGUUUGCUGUCUUCAAUUCUUGCAUCAAUCCUCUUGUGUAUGGUAGUUACAUCUUCAAUUUCAAAGACUCGCUGAAGAACUUGUUUCGCUGCCGAAGACUCCAGUUGAGAUCUGGACAGUCCAACUCACAAAUUCCGAGACGAGUCACUUCUGAAGAUAGAUUGGGUAGAGGAACUGAUGAAUAUCGGUCAUCGCAGCCCGGGGAGGUGAUUUUAGAGUUGAGAGAAGCUACCCCAGUCAGACGGCCGCUGAGUCGCAGGAAUCUCAUGAAUGUCCAUCGUACAGAAGAAAAUUUGGUUCUAAACUCAUGUGAUAAUUCUCAAUUUCUCAAGCCUCGUCGUCUUCCUGGUUGCUCUAGUACUGUUACUCCACACGUGGGUACUAUCUCGUGUCGACUUCUCCAAUCACAUUCUGAAGGCACACUGCGAAUGAUGGACCUCACGAGCAACACGGCGUGUGGACCACCUGUUGUUUUUGUGCCGGUGAUGAGACUCCUCUCAAACUAG